UAUAAAAAUCAGUCAUCGGUACUGAAACACGCACACGACUUUCGCUAAAUUUGAAGAGUACUGGUCGUGUUGAUCACAAAGUUUCAACCUUUGAAGGCGAAAUGAAGUCAGCCCUAUUGUCUGUAGCUUUGGUGCUACUGUUUAACGCAGGGUACGGUCAAACCGGAAAAACGGACGAUUGCCUCCUUCCUAAGGAACCAGGCUUCUGCAAAGCGUUUUUCCAGCGAUAUUACUUUGAUAAGUCCAGCGGUCAGUGCAAGAGGUUCAUCUACGGUGGUUGUCAGGGAAACGGAAAUAACUUUCUCACAAAGCAGGAAUGUGAGAAAAGAUGUACAUGCUUUUUCCCUAAGAAAACUGGACCGUGUAAAGCCAAGAUCAGUAGAUAUUACUACAACCACCGCACCGGAAAAUGCGAAAAGUUCUAUUACGGAGGUUGCAUGGGAAACGUAAACAACUUUAAAAGAAUUCGACAGUGUGACAAAACCUGCCCUUCUGUUAAACCAAAGUCAAUUUCAUGCACAAUUUACAUUUCUGAAUUUGACUUCUUUUCACUUGAUAUUGUAAGUGGGAGACGCGGUGCCCCAGUUCUGACCGCGUUAGACUCAAGAGCUCUGGGAAGGAUCUCAGGUAUGCCUUCUCCGCCGUCUCAUGCCUUUCACUGCUACACUCCACUUAUGGAAAUCAAUGAGUACCACGAGGCUUUCGGGGAAACCUAUCGAAAUGAAUCGGACUCCUGA